AUGUCCGCGAAAAUCUACUACGACUCUGAUGCCGAUCUCGGUGUCCUUGCUGAUAAGACGAUAGUUUUCCUCGGCUUUGGCAAUCAGGGUGCUGCACAGGCACAGAACCUACGAGACAGCGGUAUCUCAAACGACAAGAUCAUCAUCGCGAACCGAGAGGACGCCUAUGCGGAAGAUGCCAAAUCGCGCAAGUUCAAUGUCGAGCAUGACUUCUCCAAGGCAGCUGCUGCGGCAGAUAUUCUCUUCUUACUCGUCCCCGAUCAAGUGCAGCCCAGGAUCUUCAACGAGGAAUUUGCCCCUCAUCUCAAGGACGACGUUGCCGUCGUGAUCGCGAGCGGCUACAAUGUGUUCUACAAGCUACUGAACUUCAAGCCCACCCAGGACGUAGUCAUGGUCGCUCCGAGGAUGAUUGGGUCCUCCGUGCGCUCGCUAUACGAGAAGGGCAAGGGCUUUCCCUGCUUUGUGUCAGUUGAACAGGAUGGUACCGGAAAGGCACUAUCGAUCGCCCUUGCUCUCUCACGUGCAAUCGGAGCGACUCGGACAGGCGCCAUUGCCUCUUCUGCUCGCGAGGAGACUGCGAUGGACCUGUUCGCCGAGCAAGCCCUGUGGCCCAACAUCAUCAUGCUUUUCAGGGAGGCCUUCGGCGUGCUGAAGGAAGCUGGUUGCUCGGACGAGGCUCUAUGCUACGAAAUGUGGAUGUCGAAAGAGCCAGCUGAAAUCUUCGAGGCUGCCGCGGAAGAGGGUUUCAUUACUCAACUGAAACAUCAUUCGAGCGUCUCGCAGUACGGCCAACUGAACGGCGCUCUCAAGCUUGACGGCUCUGCCAUUCGCUCACACUUCAAGGAUAUCCUUUACAACCAGGUUCUCAACGGCAAGUUCUGCAAGGAGUUCUCCCAGAUCGAGACCGAUCUCGAGAAAGAGGGCGAUGCAAACCCGUUGAACGCACUUUACAAGCAGGCAGAAGAGGGCGAGAUGGGUCAAGCCGAGAAGCGUGUUCGUGCAAGAUUGGCAGGGCUUCUCUAG